AUGGUCACAUAGCAAUGCUAAUUUUGAGGAAUUGUUGGUCUAUUGGCUGUGAUCAGUGCUGAUCAGUGCUAUAGCUGAUCACUGAUUGUGCAUGCAUUGCUUGAGGCCUGAGGAGAGAGAUCUAAGGGGCCUGAGGAGGAAGGUCUGAGGUGAUGUAGCAGGCAUUGCUGCAGGACUAGGAUGACUGGGAAGACCCAGACCAGCAACGUGACCAACAAGAAUGACCCGCGCUCCCUCAACUCCCGCGUCUUCAUUGGCAACCUCAACACGGCCGUGGUAACCAAGGCCGACAUCGAGGCCAUCUUUGCCAAGUACGGCAAGAUUGUGGGCUGCUCGGUGCACAAGGGCUACGCCUUCGUUCAGUACGCCAGUGAGAGGAACGCCAGGGCAGCCGUGGGAGGGGAGAACACCAGGGUCAUUGCCGGACAAUCACUAGAUAUCAACAUGGCAGGAGAGCCAAAACCAUACAGGCCUAAGAUGGGUUCCAAGAGGCCUCUCUCAUCCCUCUACAGUGGCUACGAGUUUGACUAUGACUACUACAGAGAUGAUUUUUACAGCAGACUCUUUGAGUACCACGGUCGUGUUGUGCCGCCAACCCGGGCUGUGAUCCCCAUCAAACGUUCGCGGCUAGUUGUUCCGUCCACACGCAGAGCCAAAACCUCCUUUCCAGUCAGGACCUGUUCUUCCUCUUCCUCCUCCUCCUCUACCUCCUCCCGAGCGCUCAAUGUCAGCUCUUCCAUCACAACCCCUAAAUUGAAGACAGACCAGCUCGUAACAAUCAAAAAGGAGCUGUCACAGAUUAAGACCAAGAUCGACUCACUGCUGGGAAGGCUGGAGAAGAUUGAGAGGCAACAUCGCUCUGAUGCUGAGAUUCAGAGGAAACAAGAGGAGGUGUGUGAGUGUCUCCAUGGUGAUGCAGCAGGCCACUCUGGUGGAGAGGAAGCAGAAGGGACAACCGAGGUGGAGGCGGGGGAGAUGACGGACGGCGGCGAAGACGACUAUGAAGAUGAAGGCACCAGCGAUAUGAUACUUGCCUGCUUGAGCCAAGGAACACCGCAGGAGCGCAACAAUCAGGAGCAGGUGGGGGAGAAGGUUUCCCAUAGCUGA